AUGACGGACGCUGCGCGCUGGAAGGCAACCGUGUUCGUGGGCGGGCUGGCUUCUAUUGUUACAGCCUCCAACGUUCACGAUGCCUUCAUCCCCUUUGGCGAAAUCGCUGAUGUGUCGCUGCCGAAGAACGACAAGCCGAACUCAACCGACCCUCACAGGGGCUUUGCCUAUGUCGAGUAUGAGGACACGGAGGAUGCCAAAGAAGCCAUUGACAACAUGGAUCAGUCGGAAUUCUUCGGAAGAGUCAUCAAAGUUUCAGCCGCCAAGGUACCGAAGAGCGCCGACGAGGGUCUGGGAAGCAAGAAGGCUGUUUGGGAACAGGAGGGAUGGCUGGCAGAACAUGCCGUUGGUGAUGAGGACGGGCUCGCAGAGCAGCGAACUACGGAGAUUGAAGUGCGUGGAGACGACCCCAUGCAAGGUCUGGAGGGGCUUGAUGUCGCAGGACCAAGGCCGGAGUGA